AUCUUCAAUAAUUAACACACGAGCCCAUCUACACAUGUAUAUUCGCGCGUGUGUGUGUGUUUAUGGGCCUAAAGACUGUAAGAAAUGGAUUGGCCUACGACAAUAGUCUCAAGAAGAAUCUGUAAUCUUUUGAUUUUCUUCGUCAAAUUAAAUCACAAAAACUCCUCUUUUGAUUCGGAUAAUCAACAAGAAAUCAUCAGAGCUCAACAGUCGGCGAUGAAACCCGGCGCCGGCAAAGACCAGCAGAGACGCAGAAACCGAGCCUUAUCUUCUUCUUCCCCGUCGAAAACCCGACCCGGGUCACCCAACCGGGCUUCCGGUGAAUCCCGCGGCGGAAAGCUUACAACUUCGGCCGCUUUAGUCGACCGCGAGGAGACGGGUCUCUUUACCGGGUCGGGUUACGAUGACCCGAACCCGGAGCCGAGGAGCUUCCCUUACAGCGUGAAGCAGCAAUGCUGGGAAAAAGCGGAGAAGAUUAAAGGGAGAGAUCCUGAGCGUUGGCGGAGAGAUCACUUAGGCAACAUUGUGUUUAGGAAGCUCGUAGGUUGUCCUGGAUGCUUGUGCCAUGAUUAUGACCACAUUGUUCCUUACUCCAAGGGUGGCAAGAGCACUCUGGAAAACUGUCAAGUCCUGCAGGCAAAGGUAAACCGAUCAAAGGGAAAUAAAACAGAUAUUUCAAGAGCCGAGCUUAUCCAGAGGAGUUCCUACUGCCGAGUUGCUGGCCGUGAUAUGGACCUCAUUGAGCUAACAGCUUAUGGGAAUGUACAACGUGCGGCCGAGUCCAGUGGAUGCAGGAUUCAGUGAUCUGUAUUUGAUUCUCUUUCUUGCUUUUCUCGGAUGAUCUAUUGUUUGGGAAAUGAAAACGAAGGGUUCUUCAAUAUUUACUUGGAGGACAAGAAUCUGUAAAUUUUGUCAUUUCUAAAACAUGCGAGUUAUGUAGUACAUUAUUUGUUUUAGUUGAUAUAUACUCUAUUUAGUUUCGAGUCUAUGUAAUUUUUUUUUUAA